UUUUUUAAAGCAAAUUUAAAGUAAUUUUAUACUCCCAAAAUGAAAAAAAAAAAGAAUUAAAGGGACACGCACGAGACGAGAGAGACGACGAAGCGUUGUCGAUAAUCACCGUGCGUCUUGAGCUUUAGCUCAAAAACCCUAAAUUGUCCGAGACCAAUCGAAUCCGAUAGACUUCGAUAAUGGCGAAUAGCAAUCUACCGCGAAGAAUCAUCAAGGAAACACAACGUCUACUUAGUGAACCUGCUCCGGGGAUAAGUGCGUCUCCGUCAGAGGAAAACAUGCGUUAUUUCAAUGUUAUGGUUCUUGGUCCUACCCAGUCUCCUUAUGAAGGAGGAGUUUUCAAGUUGGAGCUCUUUUUACCUGAAGAAUACCCUAUGGCUGUUCCCAAAGUUAGGUUUCUCACCAAGAUAUACCAUCCUAACAUUGACAAGCUUGGAAGGAUCUGCCUUGACAUACUGAAAGACAAAUGGAGUCCUGCGCUUCAAAUAAGAACUGUGCUCUUGAGUAUUCAAGCUCUUCUAAGUGCACCAAACCCGGAUGAUCCACUGUCUGAGAACAUAGCUAAGCAUUGGAAGAGUAAUGAAGCAGAAGCUGUUGAGACAGCUAAGGAGUGGACUCGUCUAUAUGCAAGUGGCGCUUGAUGGGGGGAGUGCAAAAAGGAGAAUGAUGUUGUCAUUUAAAUAACAUUAUAUAUGGUGAUAACUCUACCUCAAAGUUUAUCUGAAUCCUUUUUCUUAAAACAAGGGAAAAAGAUUUGCACUCUCCGAAUAUGUAUAACUAGAAGAAUUUAAGACUCGUUUACCCAUA